AUGAGCAUGACAGGGAAGGUCAUGCUCACAUUCUUGCUUUCCAGCUGUGACAGCAGGAUGGUGCUGCCUAGAUGGACGCAGGGCAGAGCGGGACUGUAUGGCCCAGUCGCCACCAUGAUGGUCUGUGCAGCACUGAUACAGAUUACUUCUUCGCACGAGGAUCUGCACCAUGGCCACAGCCACAUUGGGCACAGCCAUGAGGAUCUGUACCACGGGCACAGCCAUGAGGAUCUGCACCAUGGGCACAGCCAUGCUCACCACAGCCACUCGCACGAGGACUUUCAUGGCCAUGGGCAUUCACAUGAGGACUUCCAUGGCCCCAGCCAGGCUGACUUUAGCCAUCAGCCCGAGGAGGUCCGUGUUCCGCACUCGGCUGAGGUGUCCCCGAGCCACCAGCAGUUGCCUGGGAAGGAGAGGCAGGACUUGGUCAAGCUAUGGACACACGCCAUCGGAGCCACCUUGCUGAUCAGUGCCGCUCCCUACUUCAUCCUCUUCCUCAUCCCCGUGGACUCAAACACUUCCCAGCACCAGGCCCUGCUCAGGCUGCUGCUCAGCUUUGCCUCAGGGGGACUCCUGGGGGAUGCCUUCCUGCACCUCAUCCCCCAUGCGCUGGUGCCCCAUUCCCACCAUGCGGAGGGCAGCCAUGCCCAUUCUCACUCCUCCACAGUGUUGGCUGGCCAUGGUCACUCCCACCAAGGGCAGGAUCACCAGCGGAUGAUGACUGUGGGGCUCUGCGUGCUGGCUGGCAUCGUAGCCUUCCUGGUGGUGGAGAAGUUUGUGAGACACAUGAAAGGGGGACAUGGCCACGGGCACAGCCACGGCAAGCACAGCCAUGGUACGUACCACGCAGGACCCCUACGUUCCGACACCCCAUGGGCAGAGCCACGGUGGCACAGCCAUGCUCCCAAGGCAAAGAGCAGCUCUGGCGAGGAGGACAACGGGCCCCAGGAGAGGAAGGCCGGCAAGGUGUGUACCCCUGACAAGGCAGCCCCCAAGAAGAGGGGCCAGGAGUCAGAGGAGCAGACUCAGGAAUCCGCAAUGAAGGUCUCAGGGUACCUGAACCUGGCGGCUGACCUGACGCACAACUUCACGGACGGGCUGGCGAUCGGGGCGUCAUUCCUGGCAGGGGCUGGUGUGGGGGCCAUCACCACCCUCACCGUGCUGCUGCAUGAGGUGCCUCACGAAGUGGGCGACUUCGCCAUUCUCGUCCAGUCAGGCUGCAGCAAGCGCAAGGCGAUGAAGCUGCAGCUGCUGACGGCGCUGGGCGCCCUGGCGGGCACAGCCUGCUCACUGCUGGCUGAGGGCAUUGGGGAGGCGGCCACAGCCUGGAUCCUGCCCUUCACGGCGGGCGGGUUCAUCUACGUGGGCACUGUGUCAGUGAUCCCGGAGCUGCUGCGGGACGCAGCGCCCCUGCAGUCCCUGCUGGAGGUGCUGGGUCUGGUCUGCGGCGUCGCCAUGAUGGUACUUAUCGCGCAGUACGAAUAGCAGGCCCCAGCGGGGGGGCGCCUGGGGGGCGGUGACGUGUGGACCCAGGCGUCCGGGAUGGGACUUCAUGUGGACUGCAGGGGGUGUGGUGGACCCUGGCAUCCGAGACACAGGGGGGAGGGGAGUGGGGGCCAACUCUGCAUAGCCCUGGGUGUCCAGGAUGGGGGAUGCUAUUUGGGCUGUGGGGGGGGGAAUGCCACAUGAAUCCUGGUGACCAGGGUGGGGGGACGUGGCCCCCCAUCCCAGAUUCCUGGGUCCACACAGAGCUUCCCCCCAGCGCAGGGGUGCUGUGUGAGCCCUGGGGAGGCUGCAGUGCGUGCUGUGGGGAGAGGGUGGCACGGACACUGGUGUCCAGGUGCUGACAUGCUCUGGGAUUGGGUGGUGGCAUGGACCCCAGUAGCAGGGCUGGCUCAGUGCAGGCUCCGGGGCUGGGUUAGACCUUGGGGCAGGCACCAUAUAGACUGCAGGGAUAUGAGGUGCCCUGUAGACGCAGGCAUCUCUGCUUGGGGGAGGGGAUCAGCCGCACAGCCCCAGCAGCCAGGGAGAGAGGAUGGCCCAGACAUCGGGGUGAGGGGAAUCUCAUGGGCCUCGGCAUCUGGGGGCAUCAGCUGAACAGGGGGCGUGCAAAUCUGGGGCGGGGGAGAUAAUGAGAUGCUGCUUGAUUUGUUUUCUGGAAGGGUCAAAAACGAAGUCCCUCCCCACCUCCCAGGCCCUGUGUGUUCCCUAGGGGUGAGAUGGGGGGCAGCAGGGCCACCCCUUCCUUUGGAAGGGGGAGUUUAUGGAAGUGAAUCCUCUGGGCCACAUCAUGGGUUGGUUCAGAGAAGAUGGGGAGAAAAGCCCCUGUCCUCUGGACUACAUGGGGGUUACCCAGAAUCCUUUGCUUCUUGGACCAGGUUUUAUUGGGAUAAUUACCCAGAAAUCUCCCCCACAACCCACCCUGUGUGACCCCCAAACCAGAGCAGGUAUCCAGGCUAGUUCCAUAUGGGGGAGGCUGCCCUGAGCCCCCCAGCACACUGGGGACCAAGGGGGACAGAGUGGGGCUAAUCAAGACACUGCUAGGGGACAGUUCCCCGACAGAGGUUAUUUUGGAGGGGACGGGGUGAUUCUGGGGUGCAGGGGCUUUGGUGAUGGAGGGGACAAGCAGACCCAGUCAUCUGGGGCUGCCCGGGAAGGGAGGAUUGGCAUGCAGACCCAGGCAGCGGGACCUGGGGGAACUAGCACAUACUGCAAGAUCAAGGGGUGCUAUGCAGACCCAGGCUUCCGGGGCUGGAGGGUGAAUCACAAGCACCCGGCUCGAUGGUGUCCCUAUUGAAUGGUAUGCCUUGGGGGAGGGACUAUUAAUUGGGGGUGACUUUGGAGCCUGGUGGUUGUGGGGGUCAAUUACU